CUUUGCUUUGUUUUUAUACUUUGUUUGAUCAAUUCAACAAUGGCGUAGGACAAUAAAACAACUCUAAGCUUUGGAAUUCACAAGAAGUAAAACUGCAAUAACUUCCUGUUAAAACGAUUGAAAAUUUGAAAAUUACUGUUAUAAUGUGAAAUAAUUGGACAAGUGCGUUUUUAUUGUACACAUAUGACAUAUGAACAUUCUUAGAUUGUAUACAACAUUUGAUACGUUAUUCAGAAAACUACAUUUCAAAUAGACUUUAUAUGCUAUUUGAUAAUUACUCAUUAUACUUUAUAAGUGAUGUAUUAAUUGUUCAAUUUACUUUCUAGACUAUGGAAUAAUUGUUCGAUGACAUAACAAGCCAACGAUGAUCUUACUAAGGAUAUGAUAUCACCUGUUCUAAUAAUAUGGGCUUUUCUGUCGGUUCUGGUUUCCGGUUUAACUACGUAUGCAUUCGUUCAGCCUGUGUGGCUCGUUGGUUCCAAUCUGUUGGAUACGUUUGGAAUGAUAAGUUUGUGUUUAUCGAGAACAGUAUUUCCCGGAGGAAGCUUAAAACAGGAAUGUGAGUUUUAUGGUGGAUAUUUCAAUUUGGGAAACUUGCCGUCUGGAGCAUGGCAGGCGGCGUGUGUUUUAUAUGGGACAGGAUGUGUACUACUUUCAUGCGGAGCAUUCUUAGCUGUUUGUACAUCGUGCAUUCCAUGUGAUGUUGUUAGGACUGUUACAGUUAUGGCAGGAUAUGUACAGUUUGUAGCAGUCUUGGUAAUGAUUGCAGGAUUAUUUAUUUAUCCACUAGGAUUUGGAUCAUCGUUUAUAAGACAAUACUGUGGAUCUAAAUCCGUCAUGUACCAGGCCUACGAUUGCUCUAUGGGAUGGAGUUUUGUACUGGCUGUGACAGGGACGUGCCUAGCCAUGUUUUGUCCAGUUCUGUCACGGUUCACAGACAUGAAAGGGCGCGACAUAAUGCCUUAAUCUGUUUUCUCGAGAGUUAUUAGGAAAGACCAUAGUAUUAAAC